AUGGUGAUGGUUAAAAACAUGGUCGCAAAGCUGCCAGGUUCUUCGCUAGACAGCAAAGACCGGUUUGGCGAGCUAAGUCUCCCCAUUAUGCGUAGUCCGGGUCCGAUAUCUGGUCUAGAGGGCUUGAUAGGCAUGCGCUCAGGUACAAUAUCGCCAGACCGAACACAGGGCUCAGCUGGCUUGGUCCACCCUGCCUCGUGCCCAAAGCGCAGUGGAGAUUGGCAAGCUGAUACCGCGCGGCACUGGUUAAAAAUCGAUUCCCGUGGACAAGAAGAACAAUAUGCUAUAUCUAUACCGUACCGUAAAGACCUGAAGGUUUCCGUCAACAUGGCGAGAGCCUUAAAGGCUCUCUUUACUUGCGAAGGCCACCGUUUAGAUCAGCAAAAAAACACCUAA